CUUGUGAACUUAAUGACAUAUUGCACAAUUUAGUUGAUAAUUGACGGUGGAUAAUAGCACAACAUUAAGCGAAUUCUAAUAUAAUUUUAUACUUUAUAACUUAUGGCAUUCGCUGGCACCUACAUUAGUCAAAUCAAAAAAAUCGCACAUGGAAAAUCGAAUUUAGCCACAGCACACCAACAGCAAUUGGGCUCGCCAACGGCUGAAGACGCCAGCACCAGUGUCGACAGCCGACCAGUGGAUGAUGAUAGUAAUGAAUACACAGAAGCUAAUUAUCCUGGUGUAUUGGAUACGGAGUUGACAUCGCUGACAACCGCACAAAGGAACAUCUUUAUAGCGACACUGACCAUCCUGUUUGUGCUGUCGAUGUGCGGUAACAUGUGCACGCUGUUUGUUAAUUUUCGCCGUAAAAUACGACCCUUCUUUCGGGCCUGUCUCAUUUCGUUGGCAUUCAGUGACUUGAUGAAUACAGUGUUUCUGACCACAGCCUAUUUGUCACAGUUUACGGCCGAAUACGUUCAGAUCUGGCGUUUAGGAAAUUUGAUGUGCAGUUUUGUACCUUUUGCCACGACGUCUGCCAUUUUAGCCAGCAGCAUGACUUUAGUGGGCAUUGCAGUGGAUCGCUAUUUUGCGGUGAUGAAGGCCGUAAUCGGUUUUUGGAAUCCAAGUGUAAUUAGCUGCAUUGUCUGUAUGUUGUGCAUUUGGUUGGCUUCCAUUGGCAUUGCCUGUCCCGUAUUCACCAUUUACGAUUUAAUACCGGUGUACAUUUUAACGGAAGAACAUGAGACUGCAAAUGCGACAGGUUGGUCAACAACUACAACAACAACGGAAACACCAGCAACAAAUACAACGACUACCCCAUCAUUGGCAACGCAAAAUGGCCAUGUGAUUAUGACGCCAAAGAAACCAAAUAUUACCGUGACAACAAAUACAACGACAGCAGCAACAAUAAAAUCGUCACCGACUGCAGUAGCUGCAACAGGAACAAAAUCACCCUGGGAAAUAGAAGCAGCACUAGAGGAUUUAUCCUAUACUUUGGUGCGUGAACAAAAACUUGUUAACAUGUGCGUAUCGGAUCAAAAAAAUGUCACUCUCUACUAUGUAAUUGUUUUUGUGAUCAUCUUCAUACCCUGUAUUGGAGCAUUCUUUUGGUUCAAUUCCAUAAUAGCACGGAAACUAUGGAAACGUAGACAUAUUGCCGCCAUUACUAAAAAGAGAACUCUAAAGUCGAAAAAUAAAAACAAAGCUAGAUGUACGGCCGGACCCUGCACGGUGGAAAUACCUAAAACUGAACAAUCCAAAUGUUUUUGCCUGCAAGCUCAAAACUGCAACUGCAAAUCGGGACACACUUCCAGUAGCACUGUGCCCAGUAGUCUGGCCAAUACUUUGGGUGGUAAACUGACAACAACAGCAGCCGCUUGCGGAUCAACAUCCGCCACGUCUAAUGUUACCACUAACAGUUCGCGAGAAGCUAGACAUUUGCGAAUGUUCACCAUCAUACUACUCAUGAUGGCGGUUUUUGUGUUUCUACGUUUGCCCGCCUGGAUUUUUCUACUGAUGCGCAUGUAUGGCAACUACACAAAGCCUGUCCAUUGGAUAUUGUACUUUAUCUUUGGCUUAAUGAAUUUGGCCAGCUCGGUUUUAAAUCCUUUAUUUUAUACCUUUCUCACCGAAACCAUACAGUACACCUUGGUUUUUAAAGCUAAAGUAUCAUCAUUGCUGUGCGGCUGCUAUUCCCAAAUCUGCUGCUGUUGCUAUCGUGUCAAAUAUGGUGCCAAUAACAAAACAGUUUCAUUGUCUUCCACUAACCAAACGAAUGCCGACUGCCAUUCGACGUUACAUAUGGAAAAUGUUGACGAUCCCUGGCAUACAACUGCGGGCUGUUGUGAAUAUCUUUGUGGUUGCAGUGGUUUUCUACGUGCCUCUUUAAGAUGCCAUCAACCUCAUUUGAAACCUGAACAUAAGUAUAAGGUUCAUACACAUUCGAUGCAAUAUGAAGAUGAAAAUCGAGCAAAGGAGUCGUCAGGUCAUGGCAUAAAUAAUGACAAGGAUGAGGGUGUCGACUGCAGUGAUGAAAUGGAUGAAGAGGAAGAUGUUCGUGAUUUUUAUGAAUACAAUCAAAGAAUUUAUACAAUAUUUCCACCGUCUUUGGUGUCGUCAUCGAUAAAUUCACAAAUAUCGUAAAUGUUAUAUAAAAAUAUAGUUCAAAUAAAUCGUUAUCUCCAUGCUAAAA